AUUUUUGCAUUUUUGUGUUCAAGGGCUAUCUCUGAACAGCCAUGAAAAGGUUUCCUGGAAAACAAAAAACAAACACAAAGAAUAUGUGUCCUGACUCACAUGGCUCUACUCUACCAGGGAGAGGAGGAUCACAGAGUCUGGCAGACACUGAAACUGUGAGAGAAGACACUGCGUUUUGCAAAAUCAUUGACUCUUGAGCUAACUUGCAGUCCAAGGGAAGCCAUGCAGGAUGAAGAUGGAUACAUUACUCUAAAUAUUAAACCUCAAAAACCAGCUGUCUCCUCAGUUACUUCUGAUUCUUCUUCUUGGUGGCGUGUGAUGGCUUUAAUUCUGCUGAUCUUGUCUGUGGGGAUGGUGGUUGCACUGGUGGUCCUGGGGUUUAUGUCUGUGACACAGCAAAACAACCUACAAGCUGAGAAUGAAAAUCUCUCAGGAACUGUUCAAAAGUUAGCGAGGAAUUUCUGCCAAUAUAUAAUACAACAAACAGAAGAAAAACAAAAACGCAGUGCCGAUCACAAAUGCAGCCCCUGUGAAACAAACUGGAGAUAUCACCGAGAUAGUUGCUAUGGUUUCUUCAAGCACAACUUAACCUGGGAAGAGGGCAAAAGGUUUUGCUCUAACUGGAAUGCAACUCUUGUGAAGAUUGCCAGCAGGAGCACUCUGGAUUACUUCAAAGAAAGGACUGUUUUCAUCCGUUGGGUUGGAUUAUCCCGCCAGAAUUCUGAUAAGGUCUGGUUGUGGGAAGAUGGAUCAGUUCUUUCCGACAAUGUGCUUGACUUUUUCACAGAUGGAAGAGAAAAUAUGAAUUGUGCUUAUUUUCAAAAUGGGAAAAUCCACCCUGCCUUUUGUAAUAACAGACAUUAUUUAAUGUGUGAAAGGAAGGCUGGCAUGCCACGUGCGGACCUGCUACUUUAAUGCCAGAAAGACGCAUUUGAUAUACGACAAGUGUUUGUAUAAUAAAAUUUCUAUAUGAA